GGCAGCGGCGGCGGCGGUGGCAGCGGGAGUUUCCCCGACAGCUGGAGGUUGCGGCGGCGGCUCCUCCUCCCCGGGUCCCAGCUAGAGCCCAGAGACCCCCCACGCUCCUCCUUAUUGACAAACGCACAAAGGGCCGCGCCGGGGCCGGGCCGGGACGCGUCUGGAGCCGGCAUGGGAGACAAGAAGAGCCCGACCAGGCCGAAGCGGCAGCCGAAACCCUCCUCGGACGAGGGGUACUGGGACUGCAGCGUCUGCACCUUCCGCAACAGCGCCGAGGCCUUCAAGUGCUUGAUGUGCGACGUGAGGAAGGGCACCUCCACACGGAAACCUCGACCUGUCUCUCAGCUGGUUGCACAACAGGUUCCUCAGCAAUUUGUGCCCCCUACACAAUCAAAGAAAGAGAAAAAAGACAAAGUAGAAAAGGAAAAAAGUGAAAAGGAAGCAACAAGCAAAAAGAACAGUCAUAAGAAAACCAGGCCAAGGUUGAAAAAUGUGGAUCGAAGUAGUGCUCAACAUUUGGAAGUUACAGUUGGAGAUCUGACAGUCAUUAUUACAGACUUUAAGGAGAAAACUAAGUCACCACCUGCUUCCAGUGCUGCUUCUGCAGAUCAACAUAGUCAGAGUGGUUCUAGCUCUGACAACACAGAGAGGGGAAUGUCCAGGUCAUCUUCACCCAGAGGAGAAGCAUCAUCACUGAACGGGGAAUCUCAUUAAAGUUUAUUUCUUCCAGUUUCUUCAGUCUCUUCAAAACAUGCAAAUACAUAAGUUCUGUCACCUGUUACCACAUUUUCAUGACAGAUUAGUCAUGCAUAAUUGAUAUGUUGACUGGAACAUAAUGCAAUU